GACUGAGAACGCCCCUGGCCAGACACCCCCCGGAGAGACCCCGGGUAGGGACGGGGGCAGAGAGACGCCUCCAGGGGCAGAGCCCCUGGGAGGCAAAGACCCCCCAGGAGAUAGUGCCCCGUCCCAGACAGAGAGCGUCACCCAGAGUGGAACGAAGACAGACGGCCAGAGGACAACACCCCCCAGGUCGCCUGGGAGACCCCAGAGCGACCCCGGGGACAGCCCGGGCCGUGUCUGGGCGAGGGCGACCUCUCCUUGGUUGGGGGCGAUGGGGACACGGGUCCUACAGGGCUUCCUCCUUCUCUUCCCGCUGCUGCAGCCGCGCGGGGCCUCUGCGGGGAGUCUGCACAGUCCAGGCCUGUCCGAGUGUUUCCAGGUGAAUGGCGCCGACUACCGCGGCCACCAGAACCACACCGGCCCGCGCGGCGCCGGCCGCCCGUGCCUGUUCUGGGACCAGACGCAGCAGCACAGCUACAGCAGCGCCAGCGACCCCCAGGGCCGCUGGGGGCUGGGCGCGCACAACUUCUGCCGUAACCCAGACGGCGACGUGCAGCCGUGGUGCUACGUGGCCGAAACGGAGGAGGGCAUCUACUGGCGCUAUUGCGACAUUCCCACGUGUCACAUGCCCGGCUACCUGGGCUGCUUCGUGGACUCGGGGGCGCCCCCAGCCCUCAGCGGCCCCAGCGGCACUUCCACAAAGCUCACGGUCCAGGUGUGCCUUCGCUUCUGCCGCAUGAAGGGCUACCAGCUGGCGGGCGUGGAGGCUGGUUACGCCUGCUUCUGUGGGUCUGAGAGCGACCUGGCCCGGGGACGCCUGGCCCCAGCCACCGACUGCGACCAGAUCUGUUUCGGCCACCCGGGCCAGCUUUGCGGCGGCGACGGGAGGCUGGGCAUCUACGAAGUGUCCGUGGGCUCCUGCCAGGGGAACUGGACGGCGCCGCAGGGCGUCCUCUACUCCCCGGACUUCCCCGACGAGUACGGGCCGGACAGGAACUGCAGCUGGGCACUGGGCCCGCCGGGCGCCGCGCUGGAGCUCACCUUCCGCCUCUUCGAGCUGGCCGACCCGCGCGACCGACUGGAGCUGCGCGACGCGGCCUCCGGCAGCCUGCUCCGCGCCUUCGACGGCGCCCGCCCGCCGCCGCCCGGGCCGCUGCGCCUGCGCGCCGCCGCGCUGCUGCUCACCUUCCGCAGCGACGCCCGCGGGCACGCGCAGGGCUUCGCGCUCACCUACCGCGGGCUGCAGGACGCCGCGGAGGACCCGGCGCCCGCCAAGGGCUCGGCCCAGACCACCGCAGCGUCCCCCGACGGGGCCAACGCGAGCUGCAGCCCCAGGCCUGGGACUCCGCAGGCUGCAAUGGGGGCCCGCGUCUUCUCGACGGCGACGGCUGUCUCCGUGCUGCUGCUGCUGCUGCUGUCGCUGCUGCGUCUUCUGCGCCGACGGAGCUGUCUGCUGGCUCCGGGAAAAGGGCCCCCAGCGUUGGGUCCUUCCCGGGGAUCCCGGAGAAGCUGGGCUGUGUGGUACCGUCGGCCCCGAGGGAUGGCCCUGCCCUGCCCCACCGGGGACUCCCAAGCUGAGAGUCCUGCCUCAAGCUACCGGACACUGAGCGCCUCCAGCCAGAGCUCCUUGCGCUCGCUCAUCUCUGCCCUCUGAUCCGGACCUCCAGGGUCCGCUGGACCCUCUACCAGCAAGAUGGACCCCUGAGACGCUAUGCCACACCCUACCUCGGCCUUCUGCCUCUUAAGGGCAGCUCGGCCUCUGAUCCUCAGAAGUUGGACAGGAAGCAUCUGGUGCUAUUAUCGGGGACUUGAACUGACCCUCCCUCGGUGUUCAGGUGGGCGAGGGCAAAGGGCAAGAGGAAUCCAGGCACCCCCUCCAUGGACCUUGAUGUGGUUUUAGGGUUCUUUAAGCCCAUUUUGGGGUGGCCCUGGACUUCUGCCUCAGUGAGAGGUCAGAGAUUAAAAAAAUGGUCAGAAAGAUCCACCAAAGACUUUGAAUAAAG